AUGUCAACACACAAUGAGAGAUCUAUAUUGGCGAUUAUUUUCGGUGGUGACCUGUUUCAAAUUAAAAAUGUGCUCCAAGUUUCUGAUCUAGUGGUUCCAGAUCACAUUCGUUUAAAAAAACCAAGAAUACACCAUUCUGAUGACUUGUG